AAAUUAAAGAGAUACAUGCCAUGGGGGGAAAAUGCUUGUAUUGAGCUGAGGAAAUUAAAGAAAAAUUGCUACAGAUACGAAAACAAUGAAGCUCCUACAGUGGACAGCAUCAUUGAAACGAAAGCCAUCACAAAAAAAAAGUAUGUUAAUUUUGAUGUUUCAACUCUGGCAUCUACCUGGAAAACCAGAGAAACUGAAUUGAAAACACAGGAGCUGAUCAUAACAACAGCCUGUCAAGAGAGAGCACAGAAAUUUUACAAUGAAGUGAAAAAGAUAUUGGCCAUGGAAAAAAUUGAAGUGGAAAGUGGAACUGAAGAGGAAAAUGGUUUUGAUGAUUAUUCAAUUCUGUUAUCUCUCUGGAGAACCAGAGAAGCUGUAUAUAAGAAACAAAGACUGCAAUUCCAAACAGUUUUAGAAGAAAGAAGUCAGACAUUCUUCAAAGAAGUCAAAGAGUUAUGUGCUAUGAGGAGAGAAUUCAAUUCAUGGGAAAACAUUAAUGAGGAAGAAAAUAUCACCAUAAAGGAAAACAUGACUAAAAAGGAAAACAUUUAUGAUGCUUCGACUCUACUAUCUUCCUGGACAAACAGAGAAACUGAAUUCAGGAAACAAGAACUGACAAGAAAAAUCAUUUUGCAAGAGCAAACGCAGGCAUUCCUCACGGACAUCAAAGAGUUGUAUGCCGUGGUGAGAGAGUCUAGUUCAUGGGAAAGUGAUGAACAUUCGGAAGAGGAAAACAUCCUUGAAAUGGAAAGAAUGAUUGAAAAUGAAACCGCUCUUAAUGAGGAAAACAUCACAGAAACAAAAACCACCACUGGGAAGAAAUCUAUUCGUUAUACUGGUUGGACCCUGGCCCGUCUCUGGACAAUCAGACAAAAUGAAAUAAAAAAACAAGAAAUGGCAAGAAAAGCAGCUCUGGAAGAGAAAGCUGAGAAUUACAUCAAAGUAAUCAAAGAGAUAUAUGCAAUGGAAAUCAAUGAUGACAAGGAGAAGAACGAAUUGAAUGCAAGGGAAUACACAAACACUUCUGAAAAGGUACCAGAAGUGGAACAAAAAAUAAGAGAAAAGGAAAAAACCAAAGAAAUAUCAGGAUUCCUGCUGAACAAAAACCUAGAAGAUCCACCCAUAAUAAUUUUAGAAACAGAAGACUCCAAUAAAUCUGACAAUAGGAGUGAGAACAUUGAAACUUUGGAAGCAUCACCAGAGACAAGGUCUGCAUCAUGGAUUCCCAGGUGUUUUCGUGGGUGCUCUUUCUUCAACGUGGAUUUCAGAACCCUCAGGAAAAAAUUCAAAAAGGGACCAAAAGAGAGAAAAGAUCAACAGAAGGAUCAAGGAAAUUUUCCAUCAACUCAAGGGGAAAUAUCGCGCCGUACCAUGGAAAGAUUUCCAGAAACGUACCAUCACAGGAACCCAACCAUCUCAGACUGGACAGAGGAGGACGUGAGUAAUUGGCUCUGCUUCACUGGGAUGGAUUAUUAUUCCAGUCGUGUACACUUCGAUGGCUGGCUCCUGCUUACACAUACAAAGAGAGUCCUAAAGAGCUUUGACAACCAAAAUCGAAAGGAAAAAAAGAUUCUCCUUAAGAAGAUAAAAAAACUCCAACGGCUCGAGGCAGAACUGGAAAGAAGAAAUGCAAAAAGAGUCCUAAUGAGGACGGGCAUAAGAGAGAAGCCCAUCUAUUAGAACUAUUCUCAUUACAUCACAUGAAGCGGCACAAAGACCUGUUACAGUGGAGGGAAAGAAGAGAGGGAGAUGAGCAUUGUUUGAACCUUACUGUCAUCAAAUUUGACUCAAGAA